AUGACAUCACCAAGAGGUUUCGAACCGUGCUGCCUCAAAUCAUUCGACUGGAACGGUACACCAAGGGGCCACGAGGCGACAAUCGCGGGCAACCCAACCUACGUUACUGGCUCCAACCCCAACGCAGCCGUCCUCAUCGCCCACGAUGCCUUGGGCUGGAGGUUCGGAAAUACUCGUCUCCUAGCCGAUCACUUUGCCAAAGAGGCAAACGUCACAGUCUAUAUACCUGACUUCUUCGGCGGAGAAGUACUCGAUGUAGGCCUCCUCAAAGCAGGCAAAUUCGACAAACUGGAUGUCGAAGGUUUCAAGAAGCGCAAUAGUCGUGAGGUCCGCGAACCAGAAAUCUUCGCAUGCGCUAAAGAACUCCGUGCCAACGGCUUUAAGAAGAUUGGUGCAGUGGGCUACUGCUGGGGCGGCUGGGCCAUUCUCCGUCUCGCGACUGAGAAGUUGGUCGACUGUGUCAUCUGCGCCCAUCCGUCAUUGCUCACCGAGGCGGAUUUCGAUGGUGUCGAUGUACCGAUCAUGUUCUUGCAGCCGGAACAUGAUAGUAUGUUCCCCGAGGAGAUGAGAUUGUACGCGUUCAAGAAGCUAGUCUUGGAGAAGAAGAACCAAGCGGUUGAGUGGGUACAUUUCCCAGAUGCUCACCAUGGCUGUUUUACCAAGGGCGACGAGGAAGUUCCGGGAGAAAGGGAGGCUAUGAUCAAGGCCAAGGAUAGGGCGGUGACGUGGUGGAAGGAGUGGCUUGUUUGA